AUGCCGCUGCCGUGCCCCAAACCCUUCCACGCGGGGGUCGUCGUGGGCUUCGCCGCCACUUUACUCCUGCUCCGCGGGUUCCAGCUGCCCUGGCCCGGCCCCCCCCAGCCUGGCCGGGACCCCCCCGCACCCACCGACCCCCUCGGCACAGCCCGGGACCCCGCUCUCUACGGCGUGGCCCCGGAGGACUCUGCAGCGCGUCCCCUCCCGUCGGUGCCAGGCGCGGAUGCCGGGCUGGCGCGGGAGCUGUUCCAGCGGGUGCGCGUCCUGUGCUGGGUGAUGACGGGUCCCCGCACCUUGGACUCUCAAGCCAGGCACGUGGUGGCCACUUGGGCUCGUCACUGCAACGUCGCCUUGGUGAUGAGCUCAGAGCCCAGCUCCGGGGGGGUCCCGCUCGGGGGGCUCCCGGUUGUGGCUCUGCCGGUACCCGACGGCCGGCAGCAGCUCUACUGGAGAACCAUCCGGGCUUUCCAGUACAUCCAGCAGCACCACUGGGCCGAUGCCGACUGGUUCCUCAAAGCAGACGACGACACCUUUGUGGUGGUGGCCAACCUGCGCUGGUUACUGGCCACACACCCCCCCCACCGGCCCCUGUACGUGGGGAAGCGCUUCAGACCCUUCGUGGCUCAGGGUUACAUGAGUGGGGGUGCUGGGUACGUGCUCAGCAGAGAAGCCCUCAGGAGGUUCGUGGCAGCUUUGGCUACUGGUGCCUGUGGCCACAGUAGCCCAGUGGAGGACGUGGCCCUGGGCCAGUGCCUGCAGGAGCUGGGGGUGGAAGCCGUGGACUCGAGGGACACGUUGGGCCGGGAGACUUUUCACCCCUUCACACCCGAAACCCACCUGAGCCAGAGGCUGCCACAAAGCUUCUGGUACUGGAGUUACUCCUACUACCCUGUGGUGGAGGGCCCCGGGUGCUGCUCAGAUCUCGCCGUGUCCUUCCACUACGUGGCCGGGGAGGAGAUGCACGUGUUGGAGUUCCUGACCCACCGCCUGCGCCCCUACGGCUACCGGCCCCGUUACCAGCCCCUCCUCCCGCCCCUCCCCCUCAACAGCACCCUCCCCUGA